UAUGACUGGAAUCAGUUUCCCUGAGUCCGCUUAAGAACCAAUCACAUAAAUCCCUUCGAUUCGCUACUUUAAACAACUACAAAUAUCUCCCGUCCAGGGUUUGCGUCUCUCCAUCUUCAUCGGAUCGAUCUUCGCAGCAUCUGCAGUAACAUGUAGUCAAAAAUAUGACUGGGGAAAGAACAUUACAUCCAGAUUGCAGAAAUUCUUCAAACCCAUACCAUGAAUUGAUUUUGAAUGGCAUCUGAUGCAUCAGAGAGUAUUGGGCAAAAGCCAAAGAUACAAAUAUAUUCUACACCAAAUAAUGAAGUCACCACUUUUUGGAAAGAAAAAUAUGAAAGGGAUGCUAAGAAAUAUUGGGAUGUCUUCUACAAACGUCAUCAAGAUCGGUUUUUCAAGGAUAGACAUUACUUGGAUAAAGAAUGGGGUCACUUUUUCUCUGAAGCAGAGGAAAAGGUUAUUCUGGAGGUUGGAUGUGGUGCUGGAAACACUAUCUUUCCUUUAGCUGCUACCUACCCUGGUAUAUUUAUUCAUGCUUGUGACUUUUCACCUCGUGCAGUUGAGUUAGUUAAGGCACAUAAAGACUUUAAAAAAGAAAAGAUAAAUGCAUUUGCAUGUGAUUUGACUAGUGAAGACUUGGUCAAACAUAUACCUCCAUCUUCUGUUGAUAUUGUAACAAUGAUAUUUGUCUUAUCCGCAGUAUCACCUGAGAAGAUGCCUCUGGUAUUGAAAAACAUCAAAAAGAUUAUGAAGCCAAAUGCUUAUGUCUUAUUCCGCGAUUAUGCUACAGGAGAUCUUGCUCAGGAAAGGCUUAUUUCUAAGGAUCAGAAAAUCAGUGAGAAUUUUUUUGUCAGAGGUGAUGGAACUCGUGCUUUCUAUUUUUCUGAGGAAUUCUUGACAAAUUUGUUUCAAGAAAACGGGUUACAAAUCGAAGAAUGUGGUUUGUGUUGCAAGCAAGUAGAAAAUCGUUCACGUGAGAUAGUAAUGAAUCGGCGUUGGGUCCAAGCUGCCUUUCGUUUAGAUGACAAAAUCCCUAAAAUUUCAAAGGAGACUGAAGAGGGAUUUGAUAUCGAUAUUUCUGAAGGAAUUGCUUUUGAAAUGUUUGGGAUUUCUUCACCAAAGGAUGAGAUUACAGAGUACAAGUUACGAGAUUGGAACUUUAAAAUCAAACUACUUUCAAAAGAAUUCCAACACACAUGCAAAUCAACUGGCUUAAUGUUAUGGGAAUCCGCGCAACUCAUGGCUUCCAUUCUUGCCUCAAACCAAAAUAUUGUUUCCGGGAAAACAAUAUUAGAACUCGGGUCUGGUUCUGGCGGGAUCUGUUCCAUGAUCGCCGUCAGAACCGCCCGUCUUGUUGUCCCCACAGACGGGGACAACAAAACCCUCGAGCUUCUUCAAGAAAACGUCAUUUCAAAUCUUGAAGAAUCUUUAAUUUCAAAGCUAAAAAUCAAGAAACUAGAAUGGGGUAACGAAGAACAUAUAGAAUCCGUGAAAAAAGUGAGUGGCGAAAAGGGUUUUGAUGUUGUUAUUGGUACGGAUGUGACUUAUGUUGUGGAAGCAAUUAUGCCAUUGUUUAAAACCGCAAAAGAGUUGAUUUCAAUUGAUGGAGUGCUCAUUUUGUGUCAUGUGUUUCGGAGAGUUGAUGAAGGGUGUAUACUUUUGGCUGCUUCUUGUUUUGGUUUUCAGUUGGUUGAUAGAUGGCCAAAUGGUAUGUUGAAUGGAAGCUCGAUUAUUGAGGAUUGGUUUGAGGGUAGAAUCGGAAAAGAGGAUGUUGAAAAUACGGCGUUAAAUAUCAUGUACUUCCAUGCCAACCGGUUUCCGGCGUAUUUGACAGCUCCGGUCAUCUUCUCCGGCGUUCCUGAUUUUUCCGGCGACCUCAAAAACUCCGACAUUCAUGAUUUUCCAUCAGAUCACUGUUCAUUGUCUUCAACCUCCGGUCAUAGUGUUCUUAAGCAAACCUGA